AUCAACUUCAAAUAAUUUGACUAAAUUGGGUACAGGUAACGAAGUGGUAGGCGUUCAACAUUUGAAUGAAAAAGUAAAAAGGCUGUAUGAACUGAUCAAUAUUGUUAAGUCUUACAAGGAUCCGGAAAUAGGAUCUGAAUCGAGGUUUACGCAGAUGAAAUAA